AUGGUUUCUUCACCUCGACCCCCUAUUCCCCCAUCACUUCUCUUCCACAGUGGUAUGUGGAAUCCACGCCAAACUGCCGGGUCUGUGGACGAUCCGGCAUGGGGAGCCGUGAAGCUCCUGCUCAUCGUCAUCAAGCUGAGAUAUAACGACUAUUUCCGCUACACCAUUGAAGAUCAUGGCCAUUUACCAUUCUCAUAUAAAGGCAAAGUCAAAAACAAGCUUAAAAAUCUCCAAGCCAGCCAACGCUUCCAGAGUUCUCGCCCCAAAAAGCCCCUUUCCGACGCCAUCACCACCCUCCCGGACUCGGGAACAACCCUUGUAAGCCCAUCUCUUUCGCCAAGAAACCUAUUCUGCACGGCCAGCCUUGUUAAAUCCCCGUACGGCCCCCUUAUACGGCAGGCAGAGCGCCGAUCGCUCGUGUCCGCGUCCAUGGCCGUGGGCCUUGCGAUCGGCGGGCUGGAGCUGGUGAGAAACUAG